AUACAACUACUUGCGGAUGGAUGGCUCAACAGCUGUUGCAAAACGACAACCGUUAGUUGAAAAUUUUAAUAAGCACGAUGAAAUCUUUAUUUUUCUCCUAACUACUCGCGUUGGUGGAUUAGGCAUCAACCUUACGGGUGCAAAUCGUGUGGUGAUUUUUGAUCCAGACUGGAAUCCGUCUACCGACAUACAGGCUCGUGAGCGGGCAUGGCGUAUUGGACAGGAGCGAUCUGUGACCAUUUACAGACAAAUCUUCAAAGUAUUUCUCUCCAAUCGCAUA